AUGGCAGAUUUCCAACAGCUCUCAAAAGUGCCCUCUGUGUCCAACUGGAAGUGUUUAGUGUGCGGACGGAAGGGCAUGGAAGACUAUGGCCCCCACUCACACUCGGCGAAACACCUGGAAGCUGUGGCGCGCUACAACGCUUGUCAAGCUGCUGAAAACAUGAUGAUGCCUGGCCUCCAAGAGCCAGACCCACCCGGUGCCAUCUCGCCCGCUCCUGUCCAAGAUAACAUCUUUGAUGAAAUCACCUCUCGCUCCGAUACUCCAGAAAGGGCUCCCUCUCCUUUCACUGCGCUUCACGCUCUCGCAAUGGCGGAGGAGCGUCAGAUUUCCGAUUCAGAUGACUCCGAUGGAGAAGUUGACCUUCAAAAGCUUGCUGAGGCUUUUAGGGUCAUGGAAGAAGAUAUGUGGGGUGAAGAGGGCGACGAGGCAAUUGAUGCGGCCGCCCUGGAAGCGGAUUUGUGCACGUCCACGAUGCCUGUGGAAGAGGCUUCCCAAUGGUACCCGUUUAAGAAGAAAGAGGGUUAUUGA